GUUGGGCUGUUUUCUAUGUCGUUUGGAAGCCCAGUCUUAAGUCUUUUUUCAUUCUUUACCUCAUAAACCUUCAAUUACGGCUCUUCUGGGCAAAACGUCUAAUCAGUUCAUCUGACUGAAGACGGGUGUACGGAUAAAAUCGUUCUCCGAAGCUCGAGUUGACGGUAGAGUUAUGCUCUUUCUCCUGACUGUACCGAUGCCGCUCGUUUGGAGCUUUUAAAGUCGAAGCAGCGGCGUGUGGAGCGCGAGCCAGAUGCUGCCAGGCGCGCGACUGCAGCCACGCGAGAGCGCGUAAAGCGAAGAAGAGAAAGGUCAACUCGGUGUCAUGUCCUGACCUGACAUGAACCCAAAUGCUCUUUGAGUCAGCAUCUUAAGUGUGGCAACAGUAAACAGCUGUUCCUAAAGACUCUGGAGGGCUUUAUACUCCACCGUCUUGAACACAAUCCAGUUAAAGAAUGAGGAACAAAUAUGCUAUCCUGGUCAUCUGUAUUGUGGCACUCGUUAUCAUUGAAAAGGAAAACAAUAUCAUAUCGAGGGUCUCUGAAAAGCUCACACUCAAGCAGACAACACAGACUGCAGAGCCUCCAUCAUUCUACAAUGGCUCCAGCGCACCUGUUGUCAUGGACUAUGAUGGUGAAAUGAGUGAAGAGAAUGCCACGUGGCUUUUAGAGCCCGAUCAGGGUGGUCAUAAGCACAUCCUCUUGUUGGCCGCCACACGUACUGGCUCUUCCUUUGUGGGUGAGUUCUUCAACCAGUUGGGGUCCAAUAUGUUCUACCUCUUCGAGCCACUAUGGCAUGUUGAGAGGAUGCUGUCACAGGACAUGGACAUCCCUAAUGCCACAGUUUCAUCUUUGGCCUACAGGGAUGUGCUGCUGAGCCUCUUUUUGUGUGAUUUCACUUUGCUGGAGCGCUUCAUCAGCCCAUCUCCACAGGAGCACAUAACCCCAGCCCUGUUCCGCAGAGAGUCCAGCAUGGCCCUGUGUGAGGAGCAAGUCUGCACACCAGUUGUAAAGGAUGUGUUUGAGAGAUAUCACUGCAAAACACGUCGUUGUGGACCUCUCAACCUGACCUUAGCCACUAUGGCCUGCUUUAGUAAGAAAUACAGAGCAAUCAAAUCAGUAAGGGUCCGGCAGCUGGAGACACUUCGCUUACUAGUAGAAGACCCCAGACUGGACAUCAAGGUCAUACAGUUGGUAAGAGACCCACGUGCUAUUCUGGCCUCUAGGAUGGUUGCCUUCUCUAGUAAGUACCAAACCUGGAAGAGCUGGGCAAUAAAUGGAGAGGUGCCCAUAGAAGAUGAAGAGGUGAAACGACUCCAAGGGAACUGUCAUCAAAUCCGCAUGUCUGCCGAGCUCGGCCUGAGCCGACCGGACUGGUUAGAGAAUCGCUACAUGCUAGUGCGCUAUGAAGACAUUGCCAGGUAUCCCAUGCAGAAAGCAGCUGAGAUGUACAGGUUCACUGGGAUUCCCUUCACAUCGCAGGCCAGGGAGUGGAUCCUUAAGAACACACAUGCAUCUGAGAUUACCAGUGGAGUAUACUCUACGCAGAAGAACUCUUCUGAACAAGUGGAAAAGUGGCGCUUCAGUAUACCUUUCAACUUGGUACAAGUUGUACAAGACGUUUGUGGACCAACAAUGGAACUGUUUGGUUAUAAGUUUGCUGAUAGUGAACAGACACUGGUUAAUAAGUCUGUUAGCUUGCUUGAAGAAAAACAGUUUACUUUUUCAUAAGUAAAUUGUUUCUUGUUCUGUUUGAGGUACUAAAAGCUAAGACAGACACAAGCAGAUAUGUAGCAAACUGGAACACAGGUGUUACUGUGGUGCCUUCAGCUCUCAAUGUGUGGUUAAGCUUUAAUCAGACAAAGAGUCUAAUUGAGAUAAUGAAUGAUUUCAGUGUAUUUGCUGCUUGUAUUUAAAAGUGUUUAUAAUUGUUUCAGUGUGUGUGUGUUUGUGUGAAAGUGAGUAGCAUAUUAAUUUCUUGCUGUUAGUUGUACAACUCUAAACUGUGACUCUAGACAUUUAGUCGAUGUCAGUAAAGGUUCUCGAUAAAGAACUGCAUGACUAAACUUGAAGUGUUCAUAUUUUUGUCUUAGUGAGCUGUAUGUUUUUACUAUGGGCAAAAUCUUAGAUUUAGAAGUCAAUGCUUUUGAAACAGUAUACAUUUUUAACAGUAUACAUGACCUCAGCAUAUAUUGCUCUGGGAAAGGUAGCAAGAAAAAAGCCAAAGAAUGAGAUGGACUUUUGCACAUGCAAACAAAUGGAUUUCAAUGUUUUUCAGUGCCUUUUGUUGUUUCUGUACAUUGAACUCGAAUUGACAAGAAAUAGUUCAGAAUCGGUGGGUGAUAUUUAAUCAGUUAAUUGAAGUGAGUGCCACUAAAAGGGAUCAUUUUAUUUUGCACCAAAAAUCAAGUGUCUGUGUUCUACUGCUGCAAAGGGUCAUGUAAAAAUACUCAAGGAUUAAAGAGAAAAUCUGAGGAGAUUCUGAUAAAGAACUGUUGUAGACAGAGUAAACUCUAGCAACAGAAUAUGAUAACUUCAUAGAUUUUAUAGCUUAAGAUGCUGGAGUCAUCACAGAAAUAUUCAUCAGACAGAGAUUAAGUUAAUUGGCAAAAUUCUAGGGCUCUUAUUAAAAAGGGAAAAGAGUAACUGAUAUUGUGGAUUUGUGAUGUGCAAAAUGUUACGGAUAGCUUUUUAAACUGCUUGACAGUAAGCUGAAAUCUCAGUUGUCUACAUACAAAUCCAUAUUCUUCAAAGUAAUUCUCCUUGCAGAUUCACUUAUGUUAAACAAGCACUUCAAUACCCAACAAAAAAGAAAACAGUUGCUGCUUUUAAAAAAGAACAUAUUUAUGAAAACUGGGCAUUAAGAAUGAUUAAAACAUGGCUGUUCUGGCAACUGUGGUGGUCUCCAUCCAGUCUAGCUUAUAUUAUGAAAUGUUUAACUACGGCAGUGAUACCCACUCAGUGUAACAUUAGCUUAUUUACCUUACUUUUAAACAAGACCUCAUUUCAUGAGAGGGAUAUUUGCAAACUGCAGCCAGUGAAACAGCAUGUUUCACCAAGCAGAAGAGCUCAGCAGGACCAACAUGGUCAACAUACCAUCACAGUAGCUAUCGCAGUUGAUACUGUUAACAAAUUCUGACAAAAUUUGAUUUUAUGCUAGUAAAUUAAUGUGUGUCCAUCCAAACAGGUUUAAAUAAAUAAAUAAGUAAAUAAGCACAGUCCACAUGCUGUGCUUUUUUUUGUAGC